AUGGGCGCCUUUGACAGAAUUUCCCAGCUCGGCGGCCAGCUUUCUGGCAACCCGACGGCGGGUGGUCGUGAUAAGAUCCUCGAGAAGCGUCCCGACGAUGUCGUCGUCACCGCCUGCUGCCGAAGCGCCUUCACCAAGGGCGGCAAGGGCGGCUUCAAGGACACGGCCGCCGCCGACAUCAUGGCGGGUGUCCUGCAGGCCAUCAUCGACCGCUCCAAGAUCAACCCGGCGCUCGUCGACGACAUCUGCGUCGGCACCGUCCUUGCCCCGGGCGGUGGUGCCACCGAGAUGCGCGCGGCCACCCUCGUCGCCGGCUUCCCCGAGACGACGGCGGUCCGCACGCUCAACCGCCAGUGCUCGUCGGGCCUGCAGGCCUGCGUCGACGUGGCCAACCAGAUCAAGGCGGGCAUGAUCGACAUCGGCAUCGGCGCCGGCGUCGAGAGCAUGUCUCUCCAGUACGGCCCUUCGGCGGUGACGGAGUUUUCGGACCUCCUCGAGGCCAACGUCGAGGCCGCCAACUGCAAGGUCCCCAUGGGUGUCCUGUCCGAGGCCAUGGCCAAGGACCUCGGCGUCGCCCGCGCCGACCAGGACGCCUUCGCCGCCUCGUCGUACCAGAAGGCGGUCCGGGCCCAGAAGGAGGGUCUCUUCGACAACGAGAUCGUGCCGCUCAAGGUCAAGUUCGAGGACCCCAAGUCCGGCGAGACCAAGGAGAUCACGGUUGCCCGGGACGACGGCGUCCGUGACGGCAUCACGGCCCAGUCCCUCGCCAAGAUCAAGCCGGCCUUUGCCGCCGACGGCAGCAUCCACGCCGGCAACGCGAGCCAGAUCUCGGACGGUGCCGCCGCCGUCCUGCUCAUGAGGCGCUCGACGGCCGAGAAGCUCGGCCAGACCAUCAUCGGCAAGUACGUCUGCGCCUCCAUCGUCGGCGUCAAGCCCCUCCUCAUGGGCCAGGGCCCCUGGAAGGCGAUCCCCAAGGCCAACGAGCUCGCCGGCAUCUCGCGCGACGACGUGGACAUUUACGAGAUCAACGAGGCCUUUGCCAGCCAGUGCCUGUGGAGCGCCAAGCAGCUCGGCAUCUCGCUCGACAAGGUCAACCCCAAGGGCGGCGCCAUCGCCUUUGGCCAUCCCCUCGGCUGCACCGGCGCCCGGCAGGUGUCGACGCUGCUGUACGAGCUGAAGCGGACGGGGAAGAAGGUGGGCAACACGUCCAUGUGCAUAGGCACCGGCAUGGGCAUGAGCGCCGUAUGGGUGGCCGAGUAG